GAUAGUAACUUUACACAAUGGCAAUGUGUUACCAAAAACAUCCGUUCGAAGUGGAGUCAGAAGAUCGGCUUACAACUAUAAACACCAAAAUAUUUGAGAUUAAAAAGAAAAUACAACUGUCAGAGGGUCAAAGAAAAUCCUGCUACGAAGUAAAUGAAGUAGAAAAGCAGCAGAACAAUGACCUCAUUGAUACUUUAAAGAAAGAAAUAAAGCUGAGGCUAAAUGAACUCACUCAGGCCAGGGCGGUCAUCAGCGAGGAAGAGGUGCAGAUUAAGAAGUAUCUGAACGAGGUCUGCCCUCUUGGGAAUAAGAACUCUGAUCAGAUUAUACACAACCUUGACCUGAAAGUGAUAGAACAAAGGAAAAUUCUUGACCUAUUGAAGUAUGAAAAGAAAAGCAAGAAGAACAAACUGUGCGAGUUGGAAAAAGUGUACGAACAUCUUCUGAUAGAGAGCACUAAAAGUGAACUUGUCAAAUCCAAAUCUUCCACGAGAGCUAGAAAACACGCAUCGCAUUUAGAAAACGAAAUUCAUAAAGUUCUGAUACAAUGGACAGAGGCUGAGCUGGUGAAGAAGAAAUACCUUACAAUAAGACAGGCACUGGUCGACGACUCGGUAAAGUUUGAAAGCUCAUUAUCGAGAAUUGAAGAUAUGCUGAACAAACAAAGGGAAGAAAUUAUGAAAUUAGAAAACGUCCGCGAAGAAGCAGCAGAGAUGCGCGUACGAGCGACCGCAGCGACCGCGGCGGAGGCGGCGCGGGCGCACGACGCGGAACACAACCGCGCUUCCGAACGCGUCUAUUUUGCGCAGCGCUUCGCUGAGCGGAAACGCGAGCUGGAGAAGCUGGAGAAGCGCAUCUUUCCGCCUCAGGCACGUCAAGUGGUCCGCCAGGACUCCACCAGGUCCACGGAGGGAGAGGCCGUCACUGAGGAGUCUUCAGCCGCUGCUCAGAUGGAGGAGAUCUUCCAAAGGCUCAUGAAACUUACAGGAGUCACAGACACUGACGAAGUGUUCGACCGUUUCCGCGCCCAGCGUGAGACGUCCAAGCGACUGAACUACCUCCAGCAGACGACUGAAGAAGAAAAGCUGGAAUUGGAGUCCAGUCAGACUGCGCUAAUGGCUGAACUGGAGGCGUUUAAAUUCGCCUCCGUUAAGGACAAGGAUGAAGGUCAAGAUCAAAUCAAUGAGCUGAAAGAAGAAAUACGAAAAGAAGAAGAAACACAAGCAGAGCUGGAGGAUAAGCUUGAGGAACUUACUACGGUGCUUUUGGAUAUCAAGCGACUACUGUAUGAUCUCUGUAAAAUGUUAGAUGUAAUCCCAGAGCCGACGAUGCCCGAAUGGACGGCGGAGGCGCGCGACGUGCAGGAGCUGGUACAAGUGCUGACGCAGCGCUACGACAAGGCGUGCGCGCGCGCAGACGAGAUACGGAUCAAGCACGGCGAAACCACGCUCAUCGCUGUGCCUUCUAACCCAACAAGUCGUCCAUCGUCAGUGGCUGGAGUCAGCGUCAGCCACAGUACCCCCAAGGAGACAGAGAAAGCUGUUCCAACUUACAAGGAGCUGGUGCAGAAGGAACCUGUCAGAGGGCCUGCCUCCGACGAAGAGGAAGACAUUCCGUCACGUUGUUACCUGAAGAGGCAAGCGCAGCUCAUCAUCGACACCAAGUGCAGAAGGAAGGGCUUCAGGGGCUUCCCAAGGAAAUAAGAAUUUAGACCAAGAUGUGUUCAACACUGCCCAGCGCCGCAACCCCCACUUACUAGAAUUAAAAUCACGUUAAAUGUAGAAAUAAAU